ACAGGGGCAUCCCGGUGCAACCGAGAGGCGUGCAGCCCGCGGGGGGCGCCACUUGCGCCGCAGCGCCCGCCGGCUCAACUGCGUGGGCGGGAGGACGGUGGGGCUCGGAGGCGCUCCUAAGGCAGGGCGCCCCGACUUCUCUGGGGGAGCCCCAAGCCCGUGGGGCGUCUAGAGCCCGCGCGCCCCAGCCGCACCGGACCUUGCGCUCAUCCCCCGCGUCCCCCACUUCUGCACAAACUUUUCUGACGCCCUCGCCCGUGGGGGUCGCGGAGAGCGCUGCGCUGUCCGCAGGACUCCCGCCCCGCCGGACCCUAGCCACGCUGACCUCCUGCCUCUCGUAGCCUCAGUGGCGACCUCUCCAGGCCGGGCCGGGCACGACACUCGAGGCGAGCGCGGCAACCACCGCUGCUCUCCGAAGGCUCCGGCGCCCCCCGGGGCGGCUGGGGUGGCUGGAGUGGGGUAAUGCCCUCCGUGAUGGAGAAGCCGAGCGCGGGCUCCGGGAUCCUAUCCCGCAGCCGGGCCAAGACGGCGCCCAACGGCGGACAGCCGCACUCGGAGGAUGACAGCAGCGAGGAGGAGCACUCGCACGACAGCAUGAUCCGCGUUGGAACCAAUUACCAGGCCGUAAUUCCAGAGUGCAAGCCUGAGAGUCCUGCACGCUACAGCAACAAGGAACUCAAAGGGAUGCUGGUGUGGUCGCCCAACCACUGUGUGUCGGAUGCCAAGCUUGACAAGUACAUCGCGAUGGCCAAGGAGAAGCAUGGCUACAACAUUGAGCAGGCACUGGGCAUGCUCUUGUGGCACAAGCAUGACGUGGAGAAGUCACUGGCUGACUUGGCCAACUUCACCCCGUUUCCUGAUGAGUGGACUGUGGAGGACAAGGUGCUGUUUGAACAGGCCUUUGGGUUCCACGGCAAGUGCUUCCAGAGGAUCCAGCAGAUGCUGCCAGACAAGCUGAUCCCCAGCCUGGUAAAGUAUUACUACUCAUGGAAGAAGACCCGCAGCCGGACCAGCGUGAUGGACAGACAGGCUCGGCGGCUGGGGGGUCGAAAAGACAAAGAAGACAGUGAUGAGCUCGAGGAGGGACGGGGAGCCGUGAGUGAGGGAGAGCCAGAUGCUGGAGACCCCAAGAGAGAGCCUCUGCCCUCUCGGCCCCUGAAUACCCGCCCAGGCCCUGGGAAGAAGGAAGCUCAGGGUUCUCAGUACCGCCACCACCCUCUGCGAACCCGGCGUCGCCCACCCAAGGGCAUGUACCUGAGCCCUGAGGGCCUCACUGCUGUGUCAGGGAGCCCCGACCUUGCCAACCUCACGCUUCGAGGCCUUGACUCGCAGCUCAUCUCCCUCAAGCGCCAGGUGCAAAGCAUGAAGCAGACCAAUAGCAGCCUCCGUCAAGCGCUGGAGGGUGGCAUCGACCCACUGCGCCCCCCUGAGGCCAACACCAAGUUCAACUCCCGCUGGACCACAGACGAGCAGCUGUUGGCUGUGCAAGCCAUCCGUAGGUAUGGCAAAGACUUCGGGGCUAUCGCAGAGGUGAUUGGGAACAAGACUCUAACCCAGGUGAAGACCUUCUUCGUGAGCUACCGGCGCCGCUUCAAUCUGGAGGAGGUGCUGCAGGAGUGGGAGGCUGAGCAGGACGGGGCCCCCGGGGCCCCCGUACCAGUGGAGGAGUCCAGGAGAGGGGCCCCCUUGCCAGCCCCAGCCCUAGAGGAAGACGACGAGGUGCAGAUCACGUCCGUGUCUACAUCCGUGCCCCGAUCGCUACCUCCUGUGCCGCCCCCUCCUCCGCCCCCCACCUCGCUGUCCCAGCCGCCCCCGCUGCUGAGGCCCCCUCUGCCUACGGCUCCCACUCUGCUCCGCCAGCCACCCCCACUCCAGCAGGGCCGCUUCCUCCAGCCCCGGCUGGCCCCCAACCAGCCCCCGCCACCUCUCAUCCGCCCUGCUCUGGCCGCCUCCCGCCACAGUGCCCGCCCUGGCCCUCAGCCCCCGCCCACUCUGAUUGGAGCCCCUCUGGAGCCCCCGGCACCCUCACUCUGAGCCCUGCGGCUCUCCACCCACCAGAGAGGCUCUGAACUCCGAGGCUGGCUGCCCUUGGACACCUUUGGCUUCACUGAGGACAGAAGGGACUAGAGCCAGGUCUUUCGAAGACCGGGAGCUGCCAACCGGGCACACUCCGGACCUGUGGGUCCUGCACUUGUUACCUGCGGCCGAGUCUCCGCCCCCGUCCUAGCCUGGGGGCGUGGCUGGGACUCUGGGGCCUUCAGAACUGGCCUGAGGGUACAUGCCUCUUCCUGGCUGGGGCUGGAAUGGCUGCCUCCUAGUCUGCUGGGGCUUGGCCUUUGGGCCUUGCCCUUUGUGUAGCGGGGGUAGUGACCUUAGCUUCGGGGAUGGGGGAGAGGACAGUGUAGGGGCUGUUCUUCCUCUUUCCCUUUCUUUUAGCAAUAAGUCAGGGUGAGGUGGGGAGGGGGCUGGUAGGGGGAGGUGGGCAGAGGUGCCUUGGGGCGUCAGUGUGGCAGAACUGGGUGGGCGGGAGCCUGCCGGGAAGCGCCUAGGAGCUCUGAUGGUGCCCGCUAUACCCACUGCCCAAAAGCCUAGAGAAAGAAGGGCUGGGAACAUUAUGCAGACAGGGGUUUAUUUUUCAAUGUUUUUAAAAAAUAAAUAAAAUCUUCCAAGUUCA